CUAUAUCAGCCGCUCGUGUACAUUCACAUAUUAACCUAUGGACACGUAAGUAAAUCUUCCGUUACCAGAUCACAGAUAGGCCUUUCGAAAGUGUCUAUAUCUUUGCGUGCCAGUUUAGAAUUCCCUAAUUCUAAUUCAUUUCUUUUCUUAAAUUGUUUAGAAAAAAAAGGAUGGUAGGAAGUUAAGGUAAUUGUCCUCUUUUUCGACUGGAUGAAGUAAAGGAUUCUUUUGCUGCCGUGCCAAUAAAGCUACUGUCAAGUGAAAUAUAACAAAAAAAGGUAAAGAGAGGAGAAAAUAGACUUACUUCUUUUUUUCUUUUCAAUUUCAACUUGGUUGUGGAUGGAAGAGUACCAUGAAACACGGCUAUCAGCUGGUUGCUCCAGGCAACGAACCAUUUAAGGCUUUUCAAGGUAAUGGAGGAUGGGCUGAAACACUCUUUAGAAAUUCGAAGGCUCGGAUUUAUCGGAUCUGAAUGCCUCUUUGUGACUCACUUAGCUUAAAAAUAAAUUGUUUUGUCAUUCUAACACAGAGUGACCCAAUAUGCCCAGCAAAAGUGUGUCGGCGUCGAUGACUACUAUACCUUCGACAUCAGGCAGCACCGAGCCGGCAACAUCACCGCAACCUAAAAAGGCACAAGUGAUAUUUUUGCAACGAUCACCAAAGUUGAUUAUUAGCCGUAAUGGUGGUGAAACGGUACAGCAUUUCAUCCUCACUCAGCAACCGAUAGUUAAUGUAUCGGAUUUCCGAGCAGCACCGACAUCAACAGGAGUAGCAGGUUCAGCAUCAAACGAUACCGUAAUCAUUGGUACAAGUAGCGGCGCCACUGUUGAUACCUUCCGUCAAUCAGGAACUACUAGCACCAGCACCAGUCAUCAUCAUCAACCAUUGGAUGAUGAAGUAACGAAUGCUACUUAUGUGUAUACGACCGAAUAUCCGCCAUAUUAUCAGUACCAACCAAUACAUUCACCAACACAACAAACGUACGUCAUUCAGCAGCAGGGUUCACCCGGAUCUGUAGAGGAGGAUGUUGGAGCUCAGUUGGGUCAUACAACACGCGCUUCACCUGCUACUAUCCAGUGGUUGAUUAAUAAUUAUGAACCAGCUGAUGGUACUUCUCUCCCGCGUUGUACGCUUUACAGCCAUUAUAUCAAGCACUGCAAUGAAAAUAAACUCGAACCGGUAAAUGCAGCUUCAUUCGGUAAGCUUAUUCGGUCAGUAUUUCACGGCUUACGCACACGUCGACUUGGUACACGCGGUAACUCCAAAUAUCAUUAUUACGGGAUUCGGAUUAAGCCUGACUCUCCACUAAAUCGAGGCAGUAGUGUUGCGAUGACGUUGGGUGAAGAUUACAACCGCACACCAUUGAUAUCCUCAGCUCAGUCUGUAAAUCAGUUACCGCCAAGAAGUUCAUCUCGGCGUUCCACUUUGGGGUCCAAUUCAGUAAUUACUCGACGAACCAGUUCUACUGUGAUGGAAACAGACACAGCGCUUAGCCAGUCUAUAAAUUCCAGAUCGAGUCCACCUUCCACCUACGAACACAGUAUCUCAUCGAAUCAUGGUACUUUCAGUACAUAUCGGAAUCAGAAUGCUAAUCCUUUGAUAGGCGGCGAUAACUGCACAGACAUGGACAGAGAAAUUCUUGGUGAUGGUGAAGUGCCACAUGUUGGAAUACCCGACAUGCAAGGCUUGGAAAGUUAUUUGCAACCGUUAGGCUUAACUUUACAACAUGCAGUGCGUUUCAUUGAAAGCUACACGACAAAUUGUGCUGAAGUUUUGGAAUGCGUGAAACAGUUGCAUUUCGAUGUGGUAGAAGAGUGUUGGAUAACUUUUUGGCAACCGGAAAAUGAUCAGGACGAUGUGGAAGAUGAAGACUGUGCUAGCAAUGAUAAAACACUGAAAGGCCUCAGUCAAAUCCAACUGUUUCGUCUGUGUACAGUGCCUCAAAUGCAGGCAUUCGUCCAAAAUAUGGAUUUUUCAUUUUAUCAAGUGAUUGUCGAAGUUUUGAUUCCGGAUGUAUUGAGCUCUAACAUAUCAGGAGCAUUAACUUUACAAAUUCGUAAUUUUGCGAAAUCGCUGGAAAUACAGCUGAAGAAAGCAAUGCAAGGAGCUCCAGAUGUUAUUCAGAAGAAAAAACUUGUCGCUGUACGUACAUUGGCACAAACAUUAAGGCGAUAUACAUCUCUAAAUCAUCUGGCAUCUGCUGCACGGGGCGUCUUACAAAAGCCGGAUCAAAUUCAUCAGAUGCUUCAAGACUUCAACCGAGUUGAUAUAGCCAGCGUUCAGGACCAGGCUGGAUGGGUAUGCGAUUGUGAUCCAGUACUGGUAUCCAAUCUCCAGUCUGAUUUUCGAGAGAAUUUGCAGAAACAAAAAAGCUUAGAACAAUGGGCUGAAUGGAUGGAAGCUGUCGUUGAUCAGGUACUAGCAAAAUAUCAUGACAAACCUUAUGGUGUCUUGGCAGAUGUUUCGAAACAUUUUUUGAAGAACUGGUCUUUUUAUAGUUCCAUGAUAAUACGAGAUCUCACACUUCGUUCCGCUCAGUCCUUUGGUUCCUUUCACCUUAUCCGUCUACUUUUCGAUGAAUAUUUGUUGUAUUUGGUGGAAUUACGACUUGCUAAAGCUUCGAACAAGCCAGUCAUUUAUGUGAUGACACAGGUAAUGCAAAAUAUUAUACUCAAUGAAACGACUGCUGUAGGAACAGGAGGAAUGGAAAUCCUUGCACCGCAACCGAUCGUAGCAUCAAAUGGUAUUGGCCUGCUUCCAACCGGUAAUAAUUCGCAUUUCUUCACUUCGCUGGAAGCUCAUCCGGGUGUCAAUAUUGUUUAUAUGGAUGAAAGAUCCGGUCACACCCAGACCAUACAUUAUGUCGGUGUGGGGUCGAAUACGCCACCGCAUAUGGAUACGUUAGAACAAAUUGUCCAAAGUAGUGAAAUGACUUUAGAAGAUGUGAAGAAUGAUCUCGACGAAGGGGAAAGGAAGAAUUUGAAUCUCAUAUGAAAUAUGUAAAUCAGUUCGUUAUUAAGUAUUAUGUUUUCUAGCAUUUUGUUUUCACGAAAUUUAUUUGUUGUUUAUAUACAUUUUUUUUUAUUGUCUCUGUUCUUAAAAGGUGCAGAACUAGGGGUACAAAAAUAGAUGGAGGAAAGAUUUGAAUAAAAUUAUGUUUAGCAUCAAAAUGACGUUCUUACAACCUGCCCUAAACCGUGGUUUAAAAAAUUAUUACGAUUUUUAGUUUACCAUUGACAGUUGUACUACGGGAUGGAAUUUAUUUUCCAGAAAGACGAUUUAGAUUAUAAUACAGAUCCAGUUCGACAAUAAAGUUUCCAAUC